AAUGUCGCAUAUGACAAGGUCACUCUCUCGACACCUAAUAGCUUGCCAUUUUCUUAAUAACGAUUAAUUAGCAACUUAGAUGCAAAGAAGAUGGAAAAAUAGCGAUGAACCCAGAACUCUGAACUCAGAACACUUUAUUAGAAGCAGAACAUGCUGGAGGGGAAAUAAGAUCUGAUUGGCAAAGACGAGGAGAAGAUUACAGCUCUUUGCCAGCAGACAAGGGGAACAGUUGAUAAUCGUCAUUUCAGAAAUGCCUUUGGUCAUUUGAACGCGACUGAAUCGAUGUACAUGGAUGAGAAGAGCACAGGGAAAUGCCAAUGAGGGCACACGCAUGGUGGAGAGCGCUGUCGUUGCUGGGAGUCUUGUUUCUGGGCACCAAGGGGAGACCAAGCGAAGACGGAUAUGGGUUGAAAGGCAACCAGCCACUAGUGAGGCUCCGGCAUAAGCAGGAAGGUAGUCCAGAGGGAUUGCAAAUAAAAGGAUCUCUGGAGCACGACGGACACCGGGGACCCUGCGAACAUAAAUACUGUGGCCUGGGAAGGCACUGCGUCGUGGACCGUGAGACGGGCCGGGGAGAAUGCGCGUGCAUGAGGCACUGCAGGCCGCAUUACAAGCCCGUGUGCGGCUCCGACGGCAGCCUCUACGAGAACCACUGCGAGUUGCACCGCGCCGCCUGCCUGAAGAAGCUUAGGAUCUCCGUGGUGCACGGCGAGGAGUGCUUCUACAAAGAUGAUAAAUGCAGGCCAAGUGGCUACAGGGAGCUGCGGAAUAAGGUCCUUGACCUGCAGAUGCAGAGGCAGACGAGAAGGGGCAAACGGCAGCGGAACGAGGACGCGAUGACAUCGAGGAAACAGCUGGUGGAGAGCAUGUUUGAGGACUUCGACGCAGAUAACAAUGAACUGGUGGACAGCAACGAGUUAUCACAGAUCAUCAGGCAGGAAGGGUUGGAGUUGUCCGACUGCACCCUCUUUGAUCUCCUCAAAUACCACGACGACGACGACGACGAGCGCUUGACAAAGGAGGAAUUCUUCACAGCGUUCGAAGUUCUUCAGCUCAGUCUGCCCGACGACCAGAAAGUUACUGUCACCACAGCAACCGUGGGCCAGAGCGUGGUGCUAACUUGCUCUAUUGUUGGAAUGCCAAGGCCUCGUAUUGUCUGGAAACGCAACAACCGCAUCUUAAAUACGCUGGACCUGGAGGAUAUGAAUGACUUCGGAGAUGAUGGAUCUCUGUAUAUAACCAAAGUGACCACGAUGCACAUGGGGAACUACAGUUGCCAUGCCGAUGGCUACGAGCAGCUCUCACAGACGCUUGUUCUCCAAGUAAAUGUUCCUCCAGUGAUCCUGGUGCACCCAGAGAGCCAGGCCAGGGAGCCGGGCGUCACGGCCAGCCUGCGGUGCCACGCCGAGGGGAUCCCCAAACCGCAGCUCUCCUGGCUGAAGAACGGCAUGGACAUAGCAACAAAGCUAUCCAAGCAGCUAACUCUGCAAGCGAACGGGAGCGAGGUGCACGUGAGCAACGUUCGCUACGAGGACACGGGAGCGUACACAUGCAUCGCCCGGAACGAGGCUGGGGUGGACGAGGACAUCUCCUCGCUGUUUGUGGAGGACUCGGGCAGGAAGACAUUGGCAAACAUUCUAUGGCGUGAAGAAGGCCUGGGAAUUGCCAAUAUGUUCUAUGUGUUUUACGAGGAUGGGAUUAAAGUCAUUCAGCCAGUGGCGUGUGAAAUCCAGAGACACAUAAAACCCAGUGAGAAGCUGCUGGGUUUGCAGGAGGAGGUUUGCCCAAAGUCAGAAAGUUUUGCAGGACAGAAAUGCAUCUGGACGUCAGCGGUGAAUGUCAAGGACAAGUAUAUUUAUGCCACUCAGCCAACCUUGAACAGAGUCCUCGUUGUAGACAUUCAAUCACAAAAGGCCGUCCAGACAGUGAGCACCGAUCCGGUCCCGGUGAAACUGCACUACGACAAAUCCCACGACCAGGUCUGGGUUCUUAGCUGGGGCGACAUGGAGAAGACAGCACCUACUCUACAGGUGAUCAAUCAGGCCAGUGGGAGUAUAUCCCAUCACACCAUCCACACACAGCCCGUCGGCAGGUGCUUCGACAAGGUGGAUGAUUUCUUCAUCCCGAGGACCACCCUCAUCAUCAAUCAUGUCAGGUUUGGAUUCAUCCUUCACAAGAAUGAAGCAGCGCUUCACAAGAUCGACCUGGAGACGAUGUCCACUGUGAAGAAGGUUUCCCUGAAGGAACACAGUUGCAUUCCCAAGGCCCUCGCCUACACACACCUGGGCGGCUACUACUUCGUGAACUGCAGGCAUGCUGUGACGGGAGCCUCCAGACCACAGCUCAUUCUGGACGGGAUCACCGAUUCUGUUAUCGGCUUCAACCGAGACGUCAGCGGCACCCCUUAUGUCUCUCCGGACGGGCGCUACCUGGUCAGUGUCGACGACGAGGGAGGCCUCAUGAGGAUCCAGUCCAUCACGGUCAGGGGAGAAAUCCAGGAACCCUUCGACAUCCACACCAACCUACACGUCUCUGACGUGGCAUUCCAGCCGUCCUUCACCGAGGUCCACCAGUACCACGUGUUCGCCAGCUCGAGGCUACAGACCGACGUGCUGUAUGUGGAGCUGGCCAGCGGGCAGGUCAAGAUGAUCAAAAGCCUAAAGGAACCAAUGAGAGCUUCGGAGUGGCUCUGGAACAGGAAGAACCGAGCGAUCGUGGACAGCGGCCUGUUUGGACAAUACUUAAUGACUCCUUCACGGGAGUCUCUCUUCAUAUUGGACGGCAGAUUGAAUAAACUUAACUGUGAAAUUACUGAUGUCCCCAAGGGUAACACGAUCAUAUGGGUAGGGGAAGCGUAGAAAUUACAUUCUACUUAUUAAAAUUAUGGAUUUAACCAGCCUUGUAAUGUUUAAACUUAAGACCUAUACAAAAGCUGUAUUGAACUCUGGGUAUUCUACUAAAUCGAGAUUUGUAUCCGUGGCAACAAUUCAAAAAGCAUACAUAUUUAUAAUAAGAAAUUCCAAUAUUGUGAGGACAUAUUGCAAUAGUCUUGUUGAAAGAAAACCUCUGUUAACGAUAGUAAUUAUGGUGGAAAAUGAUUAAAUUAAAUAACCUACGAUACUAUGUCUAAAUAUUUCCUUAUUUUCCGCAGACCUAAAAGGAAAUCACAGUUAGAGAACUGAUCACUGUGCUCUAUUGCUUUUUGUACCUUGGAGGAAUACACCUUCAAGACGAAGAGCAAAUGAAACUAUUAUCCACAUUCGUAGGAACGGCAGUCCUAAGAUCAUCUUUCAGGUGCGAGAGGUCCAAUCAAAUCUGCCGGCACUGAGGCAGUACGAUCAUAACUAUAAAAUCAUUUCCUAGGCCGAGUUCAAUGAUCAAAAUAAUGCCAUUUCCUUUGAAGAUCACUUUGAGGCAUGUGACCUAAUCAAGAAUGUCGAUUACGGCUUUCAGACAGUUACGAUUUUGCAGCAACUUUUAACUUAAGUAUAAAAGAAAAUCGGAAAAUGAGUUCCGCUAAUAAAAAACUAAACUUACUACAAAAAACAAAAAGCAAUUAAAUGAGUCAUUUUCACAUGUUGUGCGAAGAUACAACUAAUAGCUAUUAUUUGAAAUUCGUGUCGGGGAAAUUUCGUUAACAUGGUGAAUUAAGGAAAGACUGAUGUAUCUAAAGUGUAAGAUUAAAAAAUGACUUGUUUGAUGGAAAGUAAACUGUCUAAACUGUUUAAAGGAACAUUUCAUCCAUUUGUAAGGUGUCUGUGCUGUGCUUUAUGAAGGAACCCAAGGUUUGUUGUAAAGCUUUAUUCUUAAGUGAAACUGAACGAAACAGACAUCAACAGACUAUGGUGGAGGGUCCUUCAUUUCAGUCUUAAAAGAAAAAAUCUAAGCACAGAACAUUUUCCGUUUGUGCUUCAUAUUCAAACCCUUUUCCUGGGUAGAUGUAUUCUAUGCAUUUUCAUUGUUUUAUCCUUACUGAAUGGUUUUUAUUUUUAUGAUUACUUUUUUUUUUCUUCGAAGGCACGAUACCAGUUUUAUGCCAUUUUAUUUUAGUUUAACAUUAAAUACUGAGGCUUUAAAACUGAGGUGAUCAUCCAAAACUAUUACACUUUUCUAAUCUUUUGUUUAAACUACACAGAGCUGCUCAGAUCCCACAGCUUUCUAAUCGCUAUCCUGUGAUAAAAACUUUUUUCUAGUUACGUUCUGUACAUAGACACUAAGUGGUCCUUUGACUAUCCUGCUCGUUAGUUUCCAUAAAUGUGUCUUAGUGUUUCUAAUUUAUAGGAACUAAAUUAGUUUCCUCUGUAAAGAUCGAAAACAAGAUUUUCCACCGUGACGCAGAUGAAACAGUUUCAGAUGCACAUGGGUGAGUGAAACAUUAUCUGCCGAAUUGUGACGUCACCUAUUAUAGCAUUGUCUGUUUUACAUUUAGUCAUGAGUGCUUAUUCAUGUGGUUGCUAUUUAUGUAGAAAAUUGCUUGAAAUUGGGGGGAAAAAAAAACAAUAAAACAUUACUUUUAAAACA